AUGAAUUUAUUAUUGAUAUUGACAGUGAUUGGUUCUUUGUACUUGGGUGCAAAUGGCGCCAGAAUUUUAGCGGUAUUCCCGUUCGAAGGGAGGAGUCAUUACAAUGUGUACGAGCCGGUAGUGAAGAGGCUCGCGGAGAAAGGUCACGAUGUCGUUUCUGUGACGCAUUUUCCGAGCAAGGUACCCACGCCAAAUCUCACGGAUGUGAAAAUCACUUUGGACCUGCCAAAGUUGAAUGAUAGCGACUCGUUCAUGAAAAUUAUGAAUGCACCAUGGUGGGCCCGACUCCAAAUGAUGCUUUACUACUGCGGCGUCGUCAUAUGCGAUCCAGUGUUCCAGCAUUCGGAGAUGCAGAAGAUUAUUCAGUCCAAGGAGAAGUUCGACGUGUUCAUUGUCGAAAUCUUUUCCACUGAGUGUUUUCUGGGUAUUGCUCACACUUUAGAUAUACCCGUUGUGGUUGGAAUGAUCAGCAGUGUCGCUGUGCCGUGGUCUAAUGAUAUCAUGAGAAAUCCUGAGAUCCCCAGCUACAUACCUAAUUAUUUAAGCGGACUUACGGACAAAAUGAACUUCUUUCAGAGGAUUCAGAAUACGUGGCAUUUCCUAUAUACUAAGACUUUUUAUAGAUAUUUUUCAGACAAACCGAGCUAUAAAAUAGCGAAGAAAUAUCUCAGCGAUAAUUUACCUGAUUUCGAUUGGUUGCGAUCAAAGAUAUCUUUGAUCCUAGCAAACGGACACCUGACCAUCAGCCCACCGCGUGCACUGGCUCCUGGAUUUAAAGAUGUCGGCGGGAUUCACAUACCGCUGUCAGGUCCACCGCCGUUGCCAAAGGAUCUCCAGAAUUAUCUGGACAACCAACGGGAAGAUGGCGUUAUUUAUUUUAGUCUUGGAUCGCAACUAGACGGGACAACCAUGCCGGAGCAGGUACUCGUUGCCUUUUACAGGGCGUUUGAGCAACUACCACAGCAAAUACUCUGGAAGUGCACCGAAGAGAAAAUGCCCACCCUGCCCAGGAACGUUAAGUGCAUCGAAUGGGCACCCCAACUCUCCAUAUUGUGUCACCCCAACGUGAGGAUGUUUAUCACCCACGGUGGACUGCUGGGAACUCAAGAGGCGGUUUAUUGCGGGGUUCCGAUGCUUGGGAUACCCUUAUUCGGAGACCAGCACUCGAACGUGGCCUACUCCGUGAAAAAAGGACUAGCGUUGGAGCUGGAUUACUAUGGACUUUCAUACGAGACAAUAUCGAGCGCUUUGAAUGAAAUGCUUAAGAACAAGAGCUACGGGGAAGUGGCGCAGAGAGCUUCUCUGCAGUUCAGAGAUCGACCAAUUCCACCUGUCGAGGAAGGUGUGUAUUGGAUAGAGUAUUUAAUUCGACACGGACCGGAUUCCUUGAAGAUCGAAGCCGCAAAUCUGACAUGGUACCAGUAUCUACUACUCGACAUUGUUUGCGUAAUAACAGCUGUGAUUCUAAUUGUCAUUUGGAUCAUAUACAAGUUAGUUAAGUUACUAUUUCAUUCGAGGCGAUUAAGGUUGCUAAGAUCUCGCAAGAAGUUCGACUGA